AUGUGGCACCUCCUCGCUGCGGGCGCGUGCAUCGGCGGCGUGGUGUUCGACGUCAUCGCGAUGGGCGGCCUCGCCGAGACGACGAAGAAGUGCCGCGACAACAACACGGACGACCAGUGCGGGGAGAUCCUCGGCCUCGAGUGGUUCCUCAUCUUCGCCGUCGGCAUCUACCUCAUCCUCUCCGCGCUCCUGUGCAUCCUCGGCAAGGUCAAGCGCGCCCCGGCCAAGGUCUUCGUCUGCGCCUCGCUGGCCAUGUUCUGGCCCCUCAUCGUGCGCUACGCCGACCUCUACAUCCGGCCCGGCACCACCUCCAAGGACGAGCUCGGCGCCUCGGCGUCCGGCCACACCGUCAUGGCGAUCGCGAUCCCCGCCGCGAUCCUGCUCGCCUCGAUGUCCCACGACGGCAGCUCCUCGAAGUAA